ACUGGUUUGUAUUAUCGCGAAAGGAUGGUUUUCGAGUCACUGGUUACGGAUCUUAUCAAUAGGUAUUUAGGCUCUUAUAUAGAGGCACUAAACGCAUCCCAAUUGAAAAUUGGUCUCCUCGGAGGAAAUGCCCAGCUUGACAACUUGGACAUCAAAGCUAAUGCUUUCGAUGAUUUGGAUCUACCUGUUAAAGUACUUCAGGGUCACAUAAGUUCUCUUACACUUAAAAUCCCCUUCAAAAAUCUAUUUACGGAACCUACGAUUGCUGAGUUAACAGGGCUUUAUAUUCUCAUUGUUCCAAACAUAGCUGUGGAAUAUGACGAAACGAAGGAAAAACGCUAUGCCAAAGAAUUGAAACAAAAGGAGUUAUCUAGUGUGGAGGCAGCUCGUUUGAAACCCAAGAAUGCGGCUGAUGAUCCUAAAGCAGAUUCUUUUGGCGAAAAGUUGGCAGCGCAAGUCAUCAAAAACCUACAAAUUUCUAUCAAAGAUAUCCAUAUACGAUAUGAGGAUAGCUAUAGUAUUCCGAAUCGUACUUUCUCUCUUGGGUUAACUCUAAGUGGGCUAACGUUUCAGACUUGCGACAGUAAUCAGAAGCCUAUUCUUAUAAAGGAUGAGUCCAUUCGUCAAUUCAGCAAAUUUAUAAAACUUACAAGCCUUGGUGUGUAUUGGAAUCCAAUGUCUACGAAGUUCGCAGAAAAAGCCAAAGUUCCUCUUCGGAGUGCUAUGCGUAAUUCGAUCGCCAGCCCAGAUAAUCUUAACACUGGCUUUCAUUACUUGGUGAAACCGAUUUCAUCUACGGCAAUGCUUCAUGUCCAUACAAGACCAGAAGAGACGAAUUACUCCAUACCACAAAUGGACUUAGUUGUUAACUUUGCUGAGAUUGAAUUAUGUUUUAGUCUUUCCCAAUACCAUGAUAUAACAUGUUUCUUGGAAGCUCAGGAUAGAAUAGUGACCCAGGGAAAAUACCGCAAAUACAGACCAUUAAAACAGAAUUUACAAAAUUACAAAGUUCGGUGGCAUUUUGCAUACAACGCUAUUUUGGAAGAGUUUGUUCGUCGCAGACGUCGCAUGUGGUCAUGGGAGCAUAUAUCAAAACAUAGAAAAAUAUCAAGAGAGUAUAUUGCAAUCUGGAGAAAGAAGCUAUCUGGAGAUAAACUAAAUCAAACUCAUCUGGCUAAUUUAGAGGCAUAUGAAGAAUUUCUGGAUGUAUUCAACAUUGUAUUGUGUCGGCAACAAGCUGAACUUCAGUUUAAUGCCUCCAAGCAGAAACGUGAUCAAAAAGCCAAUUCAAGUGGUGGUGGUGGGGGCUGGUUUAGUUGGUUUUCACGUGGAUCCACCGCUACGCCAGAUGAUACAGAAAAUGCCUCAGAAGGUGAUUUGAUCAAACGUUUAGCAACCGAAAUGACACCAGACGAGAAAGCACGUCUAUUUGCUGCGAUUGAUUAUUCCGAAUCAGCUGCCGCAGGUGUUUCUGGUGCUGCAAUUAAUUUUCCCGCAAGUUAUGUAUCUUCUGCUGUAGCUGUCACUUUAAGACAAUUUAGUUUAGUUUUGUUAGAUGAUAAAUUAAGUGAUCCUAAUGUGCUUAAAUUUUCUGUGAAUAAACUUACCGCUGAUGUUAAACAACGUGCAGGUGAUCAAGCUUUAGCUGUUUCAUUAAGAAUGGAUAGUCUUGAAGCGGUAGGUGCUCAACCAACAUCAAAAGAAUCUUGUCUUGCUAAAUCAUCAACUAAACCUGUAUUGAUCACAAGUCAAAUAAAUCAGUCAUCAUUAUCCAAUAGUAAUAAUCAAACUAACAGUACUAGUACAUUGAAAUCUAGUCAUCUGCUGUGUAUUGAUUUUGAAAAGAAUCCUCUUGAUCGUAAAGCUGAUCAAUGUGUUUACAUUCAAGCUGAUCCAUUACAAAUAGUUUAUGAUGCUGAAACUAUUAAUAAAAUUGUUCAUUUCUUUACUCCACCAAAAGAUGUUCAUUUGCAAGAAUUAUCUAAUACAGUGUUAUCAUCUUUUGAAGAAGUUAAAGAAGUAACUACAAGUGGUUUGAGACAUCUAGCCAAUAAUCGUUCGUACACAGAUGUUCGUAUUGACAUUAAACCAAGUUAUUUUAUAUUACCAGACUCUGGGGUAUUCAGAAGUGAUUGUCGUCUACUGUUGGUAGAUCUUGGAAGUUUCACUGUUAAUUCUAGUCGUACAUCAAUUGCAUCAACAUGUAAAAAAGAACAAAAUCAAACUGAAUCAAAAACUAGUGAAAAGAGUACUGAUUCUCUAGAUAAAACUAGUACGAAGAGUUCUGGUCAAUUAAAACAAAAAUCUGGAAAAUUAACAUUUGAUGAAUUGAAAGAUGAAGCUUAUGAUAAAUUCCAUAUCAGUUUAUCAUCAGUUCAAGUUAUAAUGGUUAAUGAAGGUGAUGAUUGGCGAUCUCUACGAAAAAUGGAUAAAUCAUCCAAUCAUAUAUUGAAACCUUUAGCUUUAAAUUGUACGCUAAGACGAUGUUUGCUGCGAAAUGAUGUCAAUUUACCAAGAAUCAUUGUUAAUGGUUGUUUACCAGUGUUCAGUGUAGAUUUUACAGAUACCGUUUUACAAUCCUUGUAUGAAUUAAUUGUCAAUGUCCCAUUUCCGGAAGCCAAUAAAAAUCUUACUACACCAGCAAAUCCUGAUGAAUUAUUAAAAGAUGUUGUAGUUCUACCUAAUUCCAUAAAACCUGGAUCUGUAUUAGCCACUAGAGAUUUAAUUAAAGUGACACGUCAUUUAAAUCGAAACGACAGUGAUUCUACGCUAAGCAGUUGGAUAUCCGACAUGACUGAAGAUGAUGAUGAUGAGAGUGAACAAGAUCAAAUUAGUCAGCAUUCUAAAUUGGAAGCUGAUGUUGUUGAUGAGAAUGAUGGUGAUCACGAUAGUCGAUCGAUGGAUAAGGGUAAAACUAAAGCUAUGAUACGUCAACGUCGUGAUCUCUCGAAUUUACGUCGUAAACGAGCGAAAUUAAUCGAUUUGAAAUUAGAUUUUGUUAUACGCAAAAUUGAAAUUCAAACAUUUGAACGUCAGUUAGACUCACAAAAUAAAAAUAUUGAAGAUCGUUUAAUUUUGUCUUUCACUAUUCAUGAAGUUGGUACUAGUUUGAUUAAACGACGUUGGUCACAAGAAAUUCAGGCUCAUGUUGGCAGUUUAUUAGUUGCAAUUCCACAAUUUACGCUUCGUGAAACACAUGAACCAAUUUAUUUAGCACGUACAAAACGUCAUGAAGAAUCAGGUCAUCAUUUGUUGGCGGUUCAAUUAAUUAUUGCAGAGAAAAAUGCUCCUGAUUUUGAUACAUAUUAUCAAAAUACACGUCAUCGUUUACAAUGUGAUUUCAAAGUAUUAGAUAUCUAUAUUCAUCAAGAAGCCACUUUAUUAUUAAUGAAUUAUUUCAAUAAUUUACGUAUAUUAUUAUCAAAACAAUCUGAAGAAAUUCAGCUAUCAUCAGCAACUGAAUGGGCUGCAUCUAUUGGAGAUACUGAAGGUUUAAUACAAGCACAACAACGUGAAGCAUUAGAAAAUGAAAUGAGACAACAAUUACCUGGACGUUUAACUGCUGUCGAUGCUGUGGAAAGUCAUAUUGCACGUAAAACUGAACGUCGAGUGAUUCGAUUGAAGGCUGCUUCUUUAGCACAGAAAACAGGCAAAAUUGCAAUGAUUCGUGAAUUAAACAUCACACAAUGGAUGGUGAAUGCAACACUUGAUAAAGUCAAUGUUAAAUUAGGCUCCAUGGAAAAUGAUUUAUUUUCAACUACUGUUAAUGGUCUACGAAUUGAUGUUCGUACCACUUAUAAUACUGUUGAAGUUUCAGCAAUACUUUCUGAAUUCAUUGUAAUUGAUCAUAUUCUAAACACGUCUUAUCGAAAGAUUUUAUGGGUUGAUCCAAAUGAAAAUGUGGUUUCUUUACAAAUUACACAUUUUCAAGAUGCUACACAAUCUGUGGAAACUGCUAUGGAUCCAGACAAAGUUGACUUGGCUAUUAGUCUUCAAAUAGGAAAAUUAAAUUGUAUUUUCUUAUAUCAUUUUAUUAAACGUGUAUUAAAUUUUAUGCAAGUCUAUCAAGUUGCAAUGGAAAUGAUGUUGAAUAAAGUUCAAGCUUUAUCGGAUGCAGCAGUUCAACAAGUUCAAGAAGCUGUAGACAAAUCUUCACAAACUCGUCUUAGUUUAAAUAUUAUUGCACAAGCACCAGUAAUUUAUAUGCCACAACAUUCAUUGUCAACUAUUUCUUUAAUGAUUGAUUUUGGGCGUAUUACAUUAUCAAAUCAUUUCGAGUUUAUUAAUUCGUCAAAAUUAUUGCCUAAUAUAAAAAUUCCUAUACCUGAACCUGGAAUUAUGCUUGAGCAUACAGUGGUGAAAUUGGAAAAUUUACGUUUAUCAAGUCAUCCAGCUGCAUAUACUGGUGCAUUACUUUAUUCAUCUUUGUCCAAAUCAUUUUUUGGUAAACGUAAAAUACCACGGAAUGAAAGUUUUCAUUCAUUCGGUUCUGAUGCAGUAGUCGAUGAAAGUGAACACUUACUCUCUUCACCAAAUCAAUUAUUACAAUCAUAUAUGUCAAUAUCCAAUGAUCAUAACAAUAACUACGACGAUCUAGUGAAUCAUGGUGCUGCAGAUGAAAUAAUCACAAUGGAACAUCCAAUGCCAACCACAUCGUUAUCUAAUUCUAACCGAAUGUCAGGCUAUUCAAAAAUCAAUUCACCAUCAUCACAAUCAUCAUCUCGUCCCGGUGGUGAGUCUACCAAAAAAUGGUGGCAUCGUGUAAGCGAUUCUUGUCAUUCUGGUUGUUGCUGUCGAAGUACAUCGAGAAAAUGUAGAACUCGUACACUGAGAACAACUGGUUAUGAUCGCCUAUUGAAAUUAGAACAUAAAAUGCAGGCAAAUCUUCGUGUAUGUGAUUCAAAUUGGUCAGAUAAAUUUUCAUUGGAUACAGUUGGUAGUUCAGGUCGUGUAUAUUGUACAACGAAAUCAAAAAUGUCUUAUCAAGUUGGAGUGAAAAUCAAUUUAUCUAGUUCUGGUUUAACAAAAAUUGUUACCUUUAUGCCUUAUUUCAUGAUUAUCAAUAAAGCUGAUAUUGAUAUUGAAUGUUUUGAAGUGGAUGACACUGAAACAAAAUCAUCACAACCUCGAAAUAUCGAAUUCAUAAAAGUUCCUGCUGGUGAAGCUGUACCAUUUUGGCCGUAUGCAAUCAAUUCAAAGAAUAUGUUAUUGAAAUGUCGUAUCACAGAGAAUAAUGUGACUGCAGCAUUUCCAUUCUAUGAAUCACAUACAAUUUUAAUGAAAUUAGAAGGGAAAUAUCCUGGUAUAUUUGUUGAAGUGGAGACAACUGAAGAAACCACUGUCAUUACUUUGCAAAUGUAUCAAGAAGGCAUGGCUUUAGUGCGUCUUGUCAAUCAUUUAAAUGAUUCACAACCAGUGUUUUAUCAUCAAAGUGGACUUCAACACACAGUUCAUCGAUUAGAUGCUGGUAUGUCAAUUAUGUAUGCAUGGGAUUGUCCUAGUGCAAAACGUGAACUAGUUUUCUAUUGUAAUGAAACUGGUCAUCAUCAUUCAAAUAAGUUAACUUAUGAUUGUAUUGAAGAAUUUAAAGUGAAUAAUACUAAAGCUUAUUGGGUUUCAUUUAUGUGGAAUAUGCAACGUAUACUGUUAUUUACACAAGAUGUAAAUGUUGCUAAAAAUGCUAGAUUAAGUUCUGAUCUUGAACCGAUUGAUCAAGAGAUUGUGGUUUCUCUCCAGUCCAUUGGUAUUUCAUUGGUAAAUAAUGCUACACGAGCUGAAUUAGCUUAUAUAUCUAUUAUAAGUUCUGGUGUUCGAUGGAGUCAGGUAAAACGUGGUGAUCGUUUGAAACCAUUACAAAUGGUUCUUAAUGAAAAUUUAGAACGUGCUUAUACAGAUUAUGUGAAUGCAUCGAAUGAUACAGAUAAAGCUGCUUUAAGUAUUGUCAAACUGGCCAAUACAACACAUCAACCAAUUGAAGUGGAUUUCAAUCGAAUGAUGAUUUUAAAACCGGAUCAAUAUGAAAUACGUCGUGCAUUUGAUCCAGGUGUAUUUUUACAAUAUAAAUCAUCAAUUAGUCAAAUGCAAUUACAUGGUAAAUUGUUUCAAUUACAGGUUGAUAGUCAACGACUUGAUUCCACUUUUCCUGUUGUAUUAUCAGCUUUUCCACAGCCGAAGUCUGUAGCACUUGAUUCAGGUAUUAAACCAUUAUUCGAAUGUUCAGCAAUUAUUGGACGUACAGCAAAUCCAGGUUCAUUUCGAUUUAAAUAUUUCCGUGUUCUAAUACAAGAAAUGCAGCUGAAACUUGAUCAAGGCUUUCUUUAUGAUAUCACUAAUUUCUUUGGUUCCACUGUAACACGUACAUCUAAGGUGGAAUGUUUAAAGGAGGAAGCAUUCAAACAUGAUUAUUUAUUGAUUACUAGUAAACUUAUUGAUUCACCACUUGUACAAGCUCAUCUUCAAGAUGGAAAUCGAUCGAUUUUUGAUAAUUUUCAUAUUUCACCAAUUAAAGUACAUGUUAGUUUUUCACUUACUGGUAGUACCGAGGGGAAAUCAUCAGCUUUUCCAAGUGAAGUACUUAAUCUUUUCUUACAAUCUCUAGGUGUAGCAUUAACUGAAGUACAAGAUGUGGUUUUCAAAUUAGAUUAUUUUGAACGUCAAGCAUGUAUUAUGACCCUAAGCCAGAUGAGUACAGAAAUUACACAUCAUUAUGUUGGUCAAGGUGUUAGACAAAUGUAUGUACUAGUUUUAGGAUUAGAUGUAUUGGGCAAUCCAUUCGGUGUACUACGUGGUUUAGCUCAAGGUGUUGAAGAUUUAUUUUAUGAACCAGUGAAAGGUGCUAUUCUUGGUCCAGAAGAAUUUGCUGAAGGUGUUACACUAGGUGUACGAAGUUUAUUUGGUCAUGCUGUUGGUGGAGCAGCUGGUGCAGUUUCACGUAUAACUGGUACAAUCGGUAAAGGUAUUGCUGCUUUAACCCUAGAUGAAGAUUAUAAACGUAAACGUCGUGAACAAUUAGCACGACGUCCUGAAACAUUUGGCGCUGGUCUUGCUCAAGGUGGUCGAGGUUUAUUUAUGGGUGUAUUUCAUGGUGUUACUGGUAUGGUGACAAAACCUGUUGAAGGUGCUAAAAAAGAAGGAGUUGAAGGUUUUUUCAAAGGUAUGCAUAUUUGCGUGAAUAAUUUAAAUUUAUCAGUAUAG